ACUUCUCAACCCUGAAGGAGCCCACGUGCUAUUUUUGAAAAGAUGGAUGCAAUUAAAGCUGGAUGGUUCAGUGAGUUUAGCACCUUAUGGCCAGGGCAAUGUAUGUCAUUACAAAUAAAAGAAAUUCUACACAACAAGAAAUCAAAAUUUCAAGAUAUUAUCGUAGCUGACACAAUGAACUACGGUAGAGUUCUAAUAUUAGACGGUGUCAUUCAAUGUACAGAGAGGGAUGAAUUUUCUUACCAAGAGAUGAUCACACAUCUUCCUGUUAAUAGUCAUCCUGAUCCUGAAAACGUUCUUGUUAUAGGAGGAGGAGACGGCGGAGCAGUUAGGGAAUUAGAUAAGCAUCCUGCCGUUAAAAAUAUUACCAUGUGCGAAAUCGACGAAGAAGUCAUUGAAGUUUCAAAAAAGUACCUUCCAAAUAUGAGUUGUGGAUUCAAUAGUAAGAAAUUGAAAUUGCAUAUAGGAGAUGGAUUUAAAUUCAUGGAAGAAAAUAAAGGAAAAUUUGACGUUAUCAUUACAGAUUCGUCAGAUCCCAUAGGACCAGCUAGUUCUUUGUUCGAAAAAUCGUACUAUGAACUUAUGAAGAAAGCACUUAAACCUGGUGGUAUCGUUUGUUCACAAGGAGAAUGCAUUUGGCUGCAUUUAGAUAUAAUUCAAGAUAUGCAAAACUUUUGCAAGGAGCUAUAUCCGGUAGUUGACUAUUCGUAUUGUACUAUACCUACUUAUCCAAGUGGUCAAAUUGGAUUUACACUCUGCAGUUUGAACCCGGUAUGGCCUUUCCUUUGAUUGAUGACUUAGUUUUGUAGUACUACGCUCGAUGAUUCACAUUCGCUUAGUAUAUGGAACGAUAGAGUUGCUCUUCUCUUUACACUAUCUAUAUAUUUUUUAUAUCUACAACUGUUUACAAUUAUUUAUUAUUUAUCUAUUCAUAAGUUAUUGCCAACAGGAAACAAAGUUCAAAGAGCCUAAGCGCGUUCUUACCAAAAAAGAGUUAGAUGAUUUAAAUCUUCAAUAUUACACUCCCGAAAUUCACCGAGCAUCGUUCGUUUUACCACGAUUUGUUAAAAAAAGAUUGGAAUCAGCUGAUAAUUAAAUCUUGAUGCUGAAUUAUCGUUCAAGGGACGGCAUAGUGACUAUGAUUUAAGAUAAUUACUCUUUAUGUUUCAUAAUUGUCUUAAAAAA